AAAUCUUAGAAUUGAAAAAUGAUGUUGCGUAGAGUUGAAUUUCCUAUUUUGAAUGCACAUCAUAAUGGACGACGUUUGCUGCACUUACACUCAAAACUUGGUGCAAGAGUGCGGAUGAAUAAUAUUGAAGAAGAGUCCUUCCUACCAUAUGAAAAAUUGAAAAGAAAUAUAAGUGCUGUGCGACAAAGACUAAAAAGACCGCUUACAUUGUCCGAGAAGAUAUUAUAUGGACACUUGGAUGAACCAGAUAAGCAGGACAUUAAACGAGGUUCUUCGUAUUUGCGAUUGAGGCCUGAUCGAGUAGCAAUGCAGGAUGCCACUGCACAGAUGGCCAUGCUACAAUUUAUUUCCUCAGGACUCCCACAAGUUGCAGUACCGUCAACCAUCCAUUGUGACCAUUUGAUCCAAGCACAAUUAGGAGGAAGCCCUGAUUUAAAACGAGCUAAUGAAAUCAAUAAGGAGGUUUAUGAUUUUUUGUCCUCAGCGAGCAAUAAAUAUGGUGUUGGUUUCUGGAAACCAGGAAGUGGCAUUAUUCAUCAAAUUAUUUUAGAAAACUAUGCUUUUCCUGGGCUCUUGCUGAUAGGUACGGACAGUCAUACGCCGAUGGGAGGUGGUUUGGGAGGUUUAUGUAUUGGUGUUGGAGGCGCUGAUGCUGUUGAUGUUAUGGCAGAUAUUCCAUGGGAGUUAAAAUGUCCGCAAGUGAUUGGUGUCAAACUGACUGGUGAACUCUCAGGCUGGACGUCGAGUAAAGAUAUUAUCUUGAAAGUAGCAGAUAUACUUACUGUAAAGGGUGGCACAGGUUGUAUUGUGGAAUAUUUCGGUCCUGGUGUUGAUUCAAUAUCAGCAACCGGUAUGAGUACAAUAUGUAAUAUGGGUGCAGAAAUUGGUGCGACAACAUCGGUAUUUCCCUUCAACAACAAUAUGGUGCAAUAUUUGAAAGCGACAAAACGAGAAGCCAUUGCAAAUGAAGCAAUACGGUAUAAAGAAAUCCUAACACCCGAUGAAGGUUCCGAGUAUAACAAGCUGAUUGAAAUAAAUCUGAGCACAUUAGCACCACAUGUUAAUGGACCAUUUACUCCGGAUUUGGCACAUCCAAUUGAUGUUCUUGGGAAAAAUGCACAGGCAAAUGAUUGGCCAUUGGAAAUUAAAGUCGGUCUCAUUGGUUCUUGCACGAAUAGUUCUUACGAAGAUAUGACACGCGCUGCAAAUAUUGCGAAACAGGCUCUUGACAAAGGACUGAAGGCGAAAGCGAAAUUUACAAUAACACCUGGAAGCGAACAGAUUCGAGCAACUAUGGAAAGAGAUGGCUUGACGGAGAUUUUCAAAAAUUUUGGUGGCAUAGUACUCGCAAAUGCUUGCGGUCCUUGUAUUGGUCAGUGGGAUAGGAAAGAUGGGGAAAAAAAUACAAUUGUAACUUCGUAUAAUCGCAAUUUUACUGGUCGGAACGAUGCAAAUCCAGCAACUCAUGCAUUUGUUACUUCACCUGAAUUGGUUACUGCCUUGACUCUAGCAGGACGGCUUGAUUUCGAUCCACGAACCGAUGAGCUUGAAACUCCAAGCGGCAACAAAUUCAAGUUGCAACCACCAAAUGGUCAUAGCCUACCACCAAAAGGUUAUGAUCCAGGUGUGAAUUAUUAUCAGGCUCCAUCAGGACAUGGUAGUGUUAUGGUCAAUGAAAACAGCGAACGUUUACAACUCCUGAAACCGUUCGGUCCUUGGAAUGGGCAAGAUUUGGAAAAUAUGUUGAUAUUAAUUAAAGUAAAAGGAAAGUGUACAACGGAUCACAUCAGUGCUGCUGGACCUUGGCUAAAAUUCCGUGGUCAUCUGGAUAAUAUUUCAAAUAAUCUGUUCUUGACUGCUGUUAAUGCGGAAAAUAAUGAGAUGAACAAGGUUCGCAAUCAUUUGACGGGCAAAUAUGAUACGGUAGCUCAAACGGCGCGUCACUACAAGUCGGAAGGAGUAGCUUGGGUAGCAGUAGGUGACGAAAACUAUGGUGAAGGUUCAUCACGUGAACAUGCAGCUUUGGAACCUCGGCAUCUUGGUGGAUAUGCGAUUAUCGUAAAAAGUUUUGCUCGGAUUCACGAAACAAAUUUGAAAAAGCAAGGCAUGCUUCCCCUGACAUUUACUGAUCCAAAUGAUUACGAUAAAGUUAAGCCGGACGACAAGAUGUCGAUUGUUGGUUUGAAAGAUUUUGCACCUGGCAAGCCAUUAAAGUGCAUCGUGAAACAUGCUGAUGGCAAAGAAGAGGAGAUCUGGCUAUCUCACAGUUUCAACGCCUCUCAAAUCGAAUGGUUUAAGGCUGGCUCAGCACUGAAUCACAUGAAAGCAAUGAAGAAAGAAUGA